AGCGAAGAAGCUUUGCAAGAAUUUGUCUCCAAGCUCCCAAAAGUUUUCGGCGUCAUAGAGUGCUUGUUGGGGUUUCCGCGAUUGGGCAUCCAUCAAACAACGCAAAGCCCGCGCCCAAUUCCACUUUGAAAACAGAAACAUCUCUCAGACAUCACAAUCCACUACACGCCGUAAAUCCCAAGACUUGCCCUCCAAAUAACCCACCAUGUCGACGCUCAAAUCCCACGGCCUCACCACCUCCGAAAUCCACUCCGCCAUCCAACUCCUCACGCACAACCUGAUAAACAUCCACGACACGACAGGCGAAUUCCUGCUCAAGCUCGACGACGGCCGCAUAAUCGACACCAAGGGCUGGGACGGCUGGGAAUGGACGCACGGCAUCGGCCUGUACGGCCUCUGGCACUACUACACGUUGACCGGCAGCCAGGCCACCAAAGACAUCAUGCUCGGCUGGUUCGAGAAGCAGCUGGCCAAGGGCACGACCAAGAAUAUCAACACCAUGAGUCCGUUUCUCACGCUCGCGUAUCUGUACGGGGAGACGGGGAAUAAGACGUUUGUGCCGUGGCUGGAUACGUGGGCCGAGUGGGUGAUGCAUGGGCUGCCGCGGACCAAGUAUGGCGGCUUUCAGCAUGAGACGUAUAAUUCGUUUAAUAAAGAUGAGCUGUGGGACGAUACGCUGAUGAUGAGCGCGCUGCCUCUGGCUAAGAUUGGACUUACGCUAAAUCGGCCAGAGUAUGUGGAGGAGGCAAAGAGGCAGUUUAUGCUGCAUUGCCAGUAUCUGUUUGACACGUCGACGGGGCUGUUCUUCCAUGGGUGGAAGUGGGAGGGGGGGCAGGAUGGGAGUGUGGGACAUAACUUUGCGAGGGCGAGGUGGGCGAGGGGGAACUCGUGGCUUACGAUUGCGAUUCCGGAUUUUGUGGAGUUAUUGGAAUUGAAGGAAGGGGAUCCAUUAAGGAUGUUUUUGUUUGGGAUCCUGGAAUCGCAGUGUAACGCGCUGGUGAAGCUGCAGGCUGAAAAUGGCAUGUGGCGGACGCUGCUCGAUAUACCCGCCAGUGAAGGAAGCUAUGAGGAGGCGUCUGCUACGGCGGGCUUUGCAUAUGGCAUGCUGAAGGCGGUCAGGAAGAGAUAUAUUGGGCCGGAGUAUAUGGACUCGGCUGUGAGAGCUAUCAAGGCAGUGAUUGGAAAAAUCAACAAGGAGGGCGAGCUGCUUGACGUGAGCUUUGGGACGGCGAUGGGGCACACAUUGCAGCAUUAUAAGGACAUCGCGCUAACGAGCAUGCCGUAUGGGCAAGCGAUGGCCAUCAUGGCUCUAGGAGAGUUCCUGCGGACGUUCAUAUAGGUAUCGAAAAGGAAGAAAGGGAAAAUGGACAGACUGCUUGGAUUUGAUGCAUAGAAAGUAUUU